GCGACACAGCUUCCAAACUUUGUCUGUAUUAUCUGCCACGCUUGCUCGAGCUGCAUUACCUGAGAGUGCGACAAAGCGACCUCGCGUAAAUUGAAUGGCUUGUGCGGCUACUUUCUCCCAACUUCUUCAUGCAUUUGCGUGAGCCGGUAAAAACGGCGUUCUCUGAGGCAGCCCGCGUUCAGUCGGCUGCGUCGCAGCCUGCGACCGCCAAUCGGUGCUCCGGUGGCCGUGGUGCAGCCCCCUCGUGCGGUGGCAAGCCCAAGGACGCUCUGAGCAAGGCGGGCGGUGGCCAGUAACCUUCCUCGCGCAACACACCGCGCGAGCGCCUGCGGCUGUUGGACAGCCAGCAGCGUGUGUCGACCCCGCGCCAGGACACCGGCAGCGACGUCGACGGCUAGUAUCAUCUAGCCUUUAGCAACUCUAGCCUAGAAACUUAGUAUUCGCUCACGAAACUUUUAGGAGCUUUUCGUCGAUCAACAUCGCCUCGCUCGUCGCCGCGGACACAAUGGAUUCUCUUCAGGCGCUGCUUCGCCAGCCUGCGCCGGCCUCGGCGCCUGCCACGGUGGCCUCCUGCCUGGAGGCGCAUGUGCCUGUGUAUGCUUUCCCGGCUACUGGCGUUUGGGUCGAUUCCGCCCUUGGCAUGGUCGCGCCCGUGGCCAAGCUGGCGCGUAUCGACUCCAUGCCCGCGGUUCCCGACUACUUCGCGGAGGCCAGGUGCGAUUCGCCGCCGCCCACCGGCUUGGCCCUGCCGGAGUACGGGCUUGGCGUGCCCGGCAGCGACUCCCCCUGCUGCGCCGGCACCGGCUCCUCCGACUGCGCCUCCCCGGCCGUGGAGGAUGUGCCCGACGCCGAUCUGCAUGGCUACUCCUUCAACGACCUGCCGCUCGCCAUCAGCGGCAUUGACGUCGGUAGCGGCAGCGGCGCCAGCUCGCCGCUGGCGUCUUCGGCCGGCGUGGUGCCGUCCAUGGAUGAGGGCGCUGACGUGGACGUGGACGUGGACGCUGUGGUGACACUGGCGGCCUCCUCCCCCCACAAGGCCGCCGGCCUGCACCCCCGCCACCCCGGCCACCACCAAGCGCCGCGCCGCCACGCCAGCGACGUCGAGUUCGUCCGCAUGGCGCGCCGCGGCGGCGCCGGCGCCGCCGCCGCUGCUACUGCUGUCUCUGCUGCUAAAGCUGCUGCCGACAUUGGCGGCGCAGAGGUGCCUGGACGCAGCCUGCUGGAGGGGGUGGUGAUGGCGCUGUGGGAGGACCGCGCUGACCGCGGCAUGUUCAGGUACGACGUGUCUCAGUGCGAGACGCGCGUGCUGCCCGGCCCGGCCGGUUUCGUGGCGCAGCUGAACGAGGGCCGUGCCACCAAGAAGCGGCCCACCGAGUUCUCCGCUGACCGCGUCAUGCAGCCCUUCGACCCCGCCCGCUUCCACUUCAACAAGGCCGCCAUGGGCGAGGUGCUCUUCGCCUUCCAGGCUGAUGCGACAGCCUCUGCCACCAGCGCCACUGCUACAGCCGCUCCGCGGCUGCUGCUGCCGUCGGCGCCGAUGGCGAAGAGCGCGCUGCUGGCGUCCAACCCGGUCAGCGGCAGUCCCAACCUGGUUCUGAUCAAUGUGUCGCCCAUCGACCACUGCCACGUGCUGCUGGUGCCGCGCGUGCUGGACUGCCUGCCCCAGGCCCUCACGCCCGACACAGCGCUGCUCGCGCUGCAGUUCGCAGCCGAGCUGGGCGGCAGUAGCAGCAGCCGCAGCGGCAGCGGCGCCUUCCGCGUGGGCUACAACAGCCUGGGCGCCUUCGCCACCAUCAACCACCUGCACUUCCACGCUUACCACCUGCCCGCCGCGCUGCCCUGCGAGCGCGCGCCCACCUGCCCGCUCCCCGGCGCGCUGGCGCGCCCCCUCGCGGCCUCCCAGCAGCCGCGCAAGCGCGGCGCGGAGGAGGUUGCCGGCGCCGGCUCCGCCGGCAGCGUGCGCGUGUCACGCCUGGUGGGCUACCCCGUCCGCUCCUUCGUGGUGGAGGCGGAGGCUGGCGCCGCGCUGGAGGCGGUGGCGGCGGUGGUGGCGCGCGCCGCCGACGCCAUGCAGGCGGCCAACCAGCCGUUCAACAUCAUCGCGUCGGACGGCGGCCGCCGCGUUUUCCUGUUCCCGCAGUGCUACGCCGAGCGCCAGGCGGCGGGCGAGGUGCCCGAGGAGCUCCUGGACACGGGCGUGAACCCGGCAUCGUUUGAGAUUGCGGGGCACCUGGUGCUGAAGCGUGCGGAGGACUUUGCCUUGGCGGACGAGGCGUGGGCGGCUCGGCUGCUGUCGGGUGUGUCGUUGAGCGAGGAGCGGUUCAUGGAGGUGGCGAACAUGUGCUUCGGCUCCAGCGCUUGAAAGGAAGCGGCGCCGGCAUUACGGCGAGUGUGCGUGAAGCAGCGGCGUGAGCGCUUGCAGCAGUGGCGUCAGCGUCAGCAGCGUCGGUGCGUGAAGCAGCGGCGGUCGCCAAAGCGAGCUAUGCCUGUUGUCGAGGGCGAGGAGGGUGAGGGGCAUUAAUUGUCAGCUGGUUGGUUGUGUGGUCGAUGCACCAACCACCUGAUUGACGCGGUUCCAGUAGAAGCAAAUGGGUGCCGGGAGGGCCCCACUAGUUUAGGCCCGCCUGCUUUGUUAGGCGCGCACACGCGUCACGUGUUUGUGUGUGGCGCGCAAUGGAUUGAUGGCCGCCGGUGCGUUAGCCCCGUGCGCUUGUGUAGCACUGCAAUUCUACUAGGGGAUGAAGAUGGAAGUUGCGUGAAGAUAUCCACGCAAGCCUGCGGGCAGGAAGCAACGACCUGUAUCAGUAGGCAAGGAUGGAGGCUAGCUGGGGUAGCCGAGUGAGCAUUCUUUGCCUGCUGUUGAUUGGGCCAGACUCCAUUGACGUUCAUUCUCAUCAGUCUCAUUACCCUGGUGCCGUGGUGUUUUGUUUGAGUAUGCCCUUGCAUGUAUUGUCAAAGUAUGGUUGUUUAUCUUUCAAGUACAAGCCCCGAGGCUCAAAAGAUGUCCUCGAUUUGUGGCUCCACCCAGUUUUGCCAUGCCUACUAUUGCCGUGGCGGCUAGAGAGUGAGGAGAGAGUGACAGCAGGCCAGGAGAAGCGCUUGAAGAUCCUAGGUACUGCUGCAGAUAAAGCGAGCAGACACGAGUGAUGCAAUCCACAGACACAAGUAUGGAGGCAGGUUCUUGCUGCUUUGGAUGGGGAGAGUUAGGGGCGUGGGGUUUGUGAUGUCAGAAACACGAAUAGGAACUUUCUUUUCCUUGAGCUGUACGGGAGACUGUGCCCCGAGAGGCGCCACGUGUGCUGUCGCCGCCAAUCGCAGGCUGAUAUGUGCAUGAGAUGAUGGGAGUGGGAUUGGUCUGACACACUGCAGGAUGUCCCGCGGUGGGGUCGAACGGGCAUGCGUGAGGCUAGGCGUGGGCAAGUGAGAUCUGUUUUAGUGAGCGCAUUAGGCAACGAUUAUGAGUGAAUGUAUGCCAAGGGUCCUGGGAGGGAGCGAUAGCCAUUCCUUUCACUGGGAUUCGAAUCACCAUAAUAGGACGGAUGUGGGAGGAGGUAUGGCUUCACAUCCAGGAUUGGAAUGGGAAAGGGUGACGCUUGGGUUGGCUUCAAGGUGUGGGGCCAGAACUUCGAUAGCGCGCGGAGCGCAGCGAAGGCUGAGAAACGUCUUGCUGGGUCGGGGCAAACUGCCAUAAGUAUUUGCGAGGCUGAGACGGGGCCAAGAGACAACUGUAACAUUACGUGCAA